AUGGAUGACCUUUAUUUUCACCCGCCCUUUCAUGAUGAUGUUUUCCAGUUCUCCGCCGUCGAGUCCGCUUCAAUUAGUUCUAGCCAGCCAGCCACAAGGCACCAGGGGCUUCCGGUUAAUUUUCCUGUGUAUGAAAAUCUGAGUGCCUCCUGCGAUGACCUAGGCAGCCUCAACACCAAUAGACCCUCGAACAGGAAAGUUCCUAUCCCCCGAAUUUCAUCGCCUCACCACUUUACUAGCGGCGGUCGGGUCAGCCGAGCAUGUGGAAACUGUCGCGAGCAGAAAGCCAAAUGUAGCGGACACAAGCCAGCUUGCCAUCGAUGCCAGGACGAUGGCCUGCAGUGCUCCUACAGCGAACGGAAGCGCGAGAGAGUAAACAAGUAUGUUUCGUGUCAUGGUACUGUGGCCUUUCUCACGUUACACAGACAAAUAGCCGAUCUGACCUCCCGAGUUCAAAUAUAUGAGACGCUCCUACACACUCUCUAUCCUCGACUUGACCCUCCAUCUGCCCAGCAUGUCGAUCAAACUUUACACAGUCUUUCUAGCCAAGAGAUACCCUGUGGCCCUCAGUCCGCAAUAAAACCGAUCCCUUUGCUCGGGAAUUUGGCCUUCGGCGAAGAAGACUUAAACCACAGCAAGAUCGUGCAGUCGAUUGGGAUCAUGGGCCAGCUAUCAGGGAUGGCCUGCCUGUACCGACUCAAAUGUCAUAUCCACCAGGACAGUUCGAAGAUUGCAAGGGACCAUCUGGACUGGCCUUCCAUCUCCUCUGUGAACUAUUUCCUAGACGACAUUGAAUUUCUGGUAUCAGAUGACGUGGAUCUCUCCUGGUGGCCCCCGCAGCCCACUGCUGCUCAGCUCGUCCAUCUCUAUUUCCAAACCGUCCAUCUCGCGUUUCCUGUUCUUUGCAAGCCGGUUUUUCUGGACCAAUACCAAAGAUUCUAUUCGAGCCCAAAUGCGCAACCUGGAAAACGGUGGUUGGCUUUGCUGAACCUCAUUUUUGCACUCGCUGCAAGGCACUCAACAAUAAUGAACUGUCAGACCCCUUGCGAUACCAAUGACUAUUCGACAUAUUUCUCUAGGGCAUGGCGACUUAGUACAGGUAGUGCUGCGCCGAUGGACCAUCCAGACUUGCAGCAGGUACAAAUUGAAGGCCUAACAGCCAUGUACCUUCUCUCUGUAGGUCAUGUGAACCGGUCAUGGCGAGCUAUCGGUAAUGCGAUCCGAUCGGCUAUCACGAUGGGUCUUAACCUCCCUAUUGGUACCUCCCGUAUUAGUCAACGAUCAAAGGAGACCAGGUACCGAUUAUGGUGGUCCCUCUUCGUGCUAGAGACAGAUCUAUGCGUGAUGACUGGACGUCCACCUAGCACGACUAGGAUCGACUGUGCAACACCACUUCCAGUCUCCUUCCAAGAAGAUAACUUGGAGACUGGUAGCGUUCCAAAGCGUUUGGUGGAUCCAGAAGCUCGGAACACUAUAACAAAUUCUAUUCUGUCAAAUGGUCGGAGGGCUUCCCUAGGGGGGGGACAUGGUGGUCGCUAUGCAUUUGAAGCAGUCAAAACUAAGCGAAAAAACGCAAUUCGAAGCGGUCGAGCAGGAGCUAAGUAA